AGAGACUUGUGCAACACACCAUCAAUUGUUUAGAGGAAAUUAACCGUCUGAAUAUUAUCUUUUUUUUUAAGGUCAAUGAAGGUAAUACAAGCAUGAUUGUUACUGUAUUUCUUUUUAUUAUUAUUAUUUUUUUAUUUUCUUAAAUGACCCGUGGGGCUACUAGUCCUGAUUCCAUAUCAACUACAGUGGACUCAAUAGCUACUCACUCUGGGCCAGAAGUUCACCCUUCUUCUUCUUCCUCUCAAUCCAACAACUCACCUGUUGCUUCUAGAACUCGAUCUAAAAUGAGUCGAGCAGGAUCCAACACAACAGACACCAACAGUACUGAAUGGGAAUUUCCUGAAACACCUCUCGAAACCAAGACCAAUUUAAAUCGGUUUGAUCAGAUUGUAGAGCAAUUUGCUGUGAACUUGAACGAUAAGAUUCCAGAAUCAAAGUAUACCAAUGUAACUCCCAUGGUCAAACACUCUCGCCUGGAUCCUAAAAACACUGAACCCAGCUUACUUCGUCUUUUGCCUACGGAAAGAAAAAGACUGUCAGAUCACACGCCUCUCAAGAAGAAGGGAAUUGUUCGCUCUUAUAACUAUGCUCAUUGUGCUGCGGCUCAUAAGAGAAAUAACAAGAAAUUGACAUCCAGAGACUAUACAGGACUAGAUGGGUCUUUUUCGGUCUUGUUUAUUGAAAAGGAAACUAAGGACCAAUUGAAGCGCAAUUAUCGUACGUUGAUUGAAUCCAGCAGUAAGAGUACAGCUUUCUUCAAGAAUGUGUCUGGUAGAACAUCGUUUAGCCCAAAAUCACUUAAUUCAGAAAUGUCAUCAGGUUCUGUGGAAGAUGAUUUACCUGUCUUUUCUCCCAAGCCAACAUACGAUUAUCCUGAAGAUUUUAGUGUUGGGUUCCAAGACAAUGAAAAAAUGAAGGAGACUGUUGUUCUUGUUGAAAAAGAAGCCAAUGCAAAAGAAGAACAAGACAAUCUAGAGAUUGUAGAACAAGAGACUGUAGAGACUGUAGAACAAGAAAUAAUAAAGACAAUAGAAUAAGC